AAAAAUCCCAAUGUAAUCUGUGAUUUACUGGAAUACCUCGACCAUCGUACAUUUUUAUUCACAUGCGCAGAGAGUUAAAUAUGCGUUGUAAAUAAACGAUACACUAUGGGAUAGUUGAAGUAUAUAACAAAAUGUAAAAAGGAAGACAAUUUUUUAAACAAUGGAAAGUGAUCGACAUGCAAUCGUUUAUGUUGCAAAUGAAGAAAAGGAAUUAACUUAUUCGAUUGCUUAUGGACAAACAAUUGAAGAUCUUAGUAUCAAGAUUUGUAAAUCUCUAGGUAUAGGACCAGUAGCAAGACAUCUUUUUGCUGUUAGAAAUCAUUACACAAAACUAUGGUAUUCAUUAGCCCAUCGUUUAGAAGCGAAGGAUAAAAACAAGUUUGAUUUUAGACUAAGGUUUAAACCCUCAAGUUUAUACAGAUUAAAACAAAUUGAUGAAAAUGCCUAUGACUAUUAUUUUCAACAAGCCCGUGCUGAUGUUAUGGAUAAUAAAGUACCAGACAUUGUUUAUGAGAGACAUAAACAAGAGCUAAUUGGUCUUGGUGUUAGCGAUAUGUACAGAGUAAUGUUAGAAAAGAAAGUACCGAGAGAAACAGUAGAAUCAGAAUACCGAAAAUAUAUUCCAAAAGAAUGUAUAAAACGGCAUGCAUUUUUUAUCAAAAAACCAAUACAUAAUGCGCUUCGUAAAAUAUCUGGACACGAUGCGAAUUAUGUUAAAGAACAAUAUUUGAAACAAUUUCAAUGCAUGGCGCCGAAUUAUCCAUACGAAGAAUAUGAAGCUUUAAUGGACAGAGGUUUUCAAAACCCUCCAGCAAAAGUGUCUUUAAGAGUUAAUGUAAAUGAAGUGAAAUAUUAUGAAGCAAAUGCUACUUCAUGGACUACAUUGUGUGCAAUUGAAGAUUUAUGUUUUGUUUCUAUAAGACAAGAUAAUACAGUGGAAAUAUCACGGAAGAAUGGUAUACCUUCAUAUUUAAAAUUUUCAAAGAGUACAUUUUUAAUGUCCUUUGUUUCUGCAUUAGAUGGUUAUUAUCGUUUAGCGGUUAAAUGGACAUUUAAUUUGUGCGGUGAGAUUGUUACUCCUUCUUUAGAAAGACUAUAUAAAUUAAAAUGCCAUGGUCCAGUUGGGCAAGAUUUUUCAUAUGCAAAACUUCUAGAAAAACGUGCGAAUAAACCAGGCUGUUACCUUCUUAGAGAAUGUGGAACUGAGUACGAUACAUACUAUCUAGAUGGAUAUAACAAAGAAGGAAAGUUAUUUUCUAAAAAAAUAGAAGAGAAAACUUUAUCAAAUGAAUUUACUAUUGUUGGUAGUCCUAACAGAUAUAAUUCAUUGGCACAGUGUGUUGCAUCCUUCCAAGAUUCUGAAGGACAGUCAUAUCUUACAGAAUGUCUACCACCUUCUGAGUAUGAUAAAUCACCAUUAUUACUGUGUGCCCCUGAAAGUGCAGUCAGUGAAGUUGCAGCAGAUGAGGAAAUUGUAGCUUCAGUUUUAGAGACUGGACCACGUUGUGUACCUCAAAACCAGCUUGAAAUUUACAAACCUUUUCUAAAAAUUACUAGAAAUCAUCAUUAUUCACCGACAGUUCUUCACCGAGCAAUUUGGAGAUUAACUAAAGGAAAAAAAUUAGAAGUCGCUCUUAAAAUUUUAAAACAAGAAGAAGAAUCAAAUUACACAAAAGAAUUUUUGGAACUUGCUGGAAAGUGGUCUCAGUUGCGUUCUGGAACUCUUGUAAGGUUAUAUGGUUUAACAGUAACACCAUCCAUUGGAAUGCUUUUGGAAUUGGUACGGCACGGUACUCUUGACGAAUAUUUACGUAGUUCUUCUUCUCAAACUGUUAAAACUGUAGAUAUGGUAGAAGCUACAGCUUGUCUAGCUACUGCUCUUUGGCACCUUGAAGAGAACGGUGUAGUUCAUGGUAACAUUAAAUGCAAUAAACUCCUCGUCCAUGCCCAUACUAAUAAUAGCUUUGUAGUCAAACUUGCCGAUCCAGGAUUAUUUGUGUAUAAGGAGACAGAUAUUCAUUGGUUACCUCCAGAAACGUACACGAAUCCAGAAUUAGCUAGAUAUAGUUUCCAAGCAGAUGUUUGGGCUGUGGGAACAACAAUUUGGCAAAUCUUUGCUAGAGGAGCCACUUUAUUAGAACUUCAAAAUGUAGUUGUAAUGAAAAAAUUUUAUGAAUCCGGAAAACGUUUGCCUAUUCCAAGUGGCUGCCCUACAGAAGUUUACAGACUAAUGCGUGAAUGUUGGGGAGACGUAAAUGGUUCUAGAAAACAACCCCAGGCGAUUAUGAGAGAUAUAAACCAAAUUCUGUAUCAAGUAUAUAAUUCACGCAGGAGUCAUGCUUAUGCAACAGCUUUUCCUAAGUUAUUCAAUUCUGAAUUAAAGAAACAUAGUCCAGAUAAUUCUGACAUUAGUGAUGACAACAAGUCAAUAAAUAGUGAAUCGAGGGCUAGUAGUCUUCUUACGGAUAAUACAAGUCUUCCUUGGAAUGACAUGGACGACAGCACGCAAAGUUUGAUAAAUAUUAAUGGUACAAGUGUAGGUAGUUUAGAAGAUUUGUCUGCUUAUUUAAGUUGGUCAUCUAAUACAAGAAGAGAUUCAGAAGGCGGUUCGGUAUCUCAGAAUAAUGUUCCUAAUAUGAAUUGUAUUGAACACUCUACUCAAACACUGCGAAUAAGGCAUGCUGGUGAUUUAGACGAGGUGAUAAGAAGAAAUGAACAAGGAGGUGAAGAAGACUCCGAUUCUAGAAGAAGUAGUAAUGAUUCUUUAGGCCAAAUGCGAGGCAUUUAUGAAUUAGAUAUAGAUUGUAAUGUAAUUCUACAAGGUAGAAUUGGUCAGGGUUUUUAUGGAGAAGUUUAUAGAGGAACACUAGAAAGAGAAACUGGAAAAGAUACGGAGCAACAACAGGUUGCUAUAAAAAAAUUAAAAACAAAAGCAUUAGAAGCAGACAUAAGGGAUUUUGAAAGAGAAAUCGCCAUAAUGAAGACUUUGAAACAUCCAAACGUAGUAGAAAUUCUAGGAGUAAUAUCAGAGCCUGAAGUUUGUUUAGUAAUGGAGUAUGUAAAACAUGGUUCAUUACAAAGUUAUUUGUUAAUUCACAAGCAAGAAUUAACGCAUAAAAGAUUAUUAGGUUUUGCAUUGGAUAUUGCAACAGGAAUGGAGUAUUUGGGUAGCAAGAGUAUUGUUCACAGAGAUCUUGCUGCAAGAAAUAUUUUAGUCGCUGAUGAAAAUAAAGUGAAAAUUAGUGACUUUGGGCUGGCUCAAGUUACUGGGAAGAAUGAUUAUUAUAUUUUACAGACUGAUCGCGGUCUUCCUAUCAAAUGGUAUGCCCCAGAAAGUAUUAGAGAUGGAAAAUUUUCUACUCGAUCAGAUGUCUGGUCUUUUGGUGUAACAAUGUAUGAAACAUUUGGUUAUGGUGAAGAACCACGUUUACCUGGUCUUGAUUCAAGUAUAGAACGUCUUCAAAAUGAGCAAGAAAAAGGAAGUACCGAAUUAUUAGCCGCGUUAGAAAGAGGCACUCGUCUUCCUUGCCCUUCUACCUGUCCCCAAGCAAUUUAUAUAAAACUUAUGUAUCCAUGUUGGCAUCUACAAAGUCAUCAGAGACCAGAUUUUGCAACUCUUUGCAAUGAUAUCAGAGAUCUCCUUGCUCAGUACUGAGAAAGAAAUAUAAAAAUUGCGUUA